AUGAGAUGCUCAUCGUAUAGUGGCAUGGAAGAAAAAUUAACAAAACGUAUUAAUGAUAGAAAACAAAUAGCAACAAAACGAUUUAAAAGGGUAUUAGUUGGUGAAGAAGAAGAGACAACCUAUGCUUUAUUUGUAGAAAAUCAUAUAACAACAGUAAACGAUUUAUAUGACGAUGUUUGGCUAGAAAUAUUCGAAUUUUUAUAUAUUAACGAUAUUUUCAAUUCAUUCUGGAAUAUAAAUAAUAAUUUAAAUCGAAUAAUAGUCGAUCGUCGUCUAAAAUUAUAUGCGAACUUGAUUCGUGAUGAAUCAUUAGAUUAUUUCAAUUUGACAAUUUUACCAAAUAUCCAUUCGCAACAGCUGAUAUCCUUAAAAUUAACAAAUUGUUUUGAAAAGCAAAUGAAUUUCAAUCAAUACAUCAAUCUUCAAUCAUUAACAUUAAACAGUAUCAACACAAUGCAAUUAAAAUUAUUAUUAAUUGCAAAACAUUUGACACAUCUGAAGUAUUUUCAAAUUAAUGCAAUAGGAAUUUUUGGCCAAGAUAAUAGGGAAAUAAUAGAACAAAUAUUAAAAAUUAAAACGUUAAAAACGUGUCGAUUUAAUUUUGGUCUACAAAAAAUGGGUUUAAGAAACGAAACAAUAUCGGCAAUAUCAUCUAACAUUGAAAAUUUUAUAAUUGAAUCAGAAUUUGUUUCAAAUAGUUUAUUUAAAUUAAUUCCUCAUUUACCGAAACUUCAGUAUCUAAAUAUUUACUUGCGAGAAGAUUAUCGUUAUCGUUCUUCUAUUACAUUUAAUUCAUUAUUAAAUCUAAAAACAUUACGUUUAAAAAUAUCGCGUCUAAGCUUUAACCAUUUAAAACUAUUAUUCGACUCUGUCUGUUCAAAUCUUCAAAUAUUGGUAUUAAAUGGUUGUAUAGUAAACGAUUUACAAUAUUUAUUACCUCAAAGCUGGAUAAAUAUAUUUAAAUCUUCAAUAAAAUUAAAACAAUUUAAAAUUAAUUUAAAAUAUCAUGCAGGGAAUAGCCUAACCAUUCAACAAAUUAAUGAAAUAUCAACAAAUUUUCAACAUCAUCAACAAAAAAUUCGUAUACAACAUCAGCAUCUGCCUAAUGGUUGCAGUGAUUUUGACUUAAUUGGUGAAUAUUAA